AUUUAUCUUAUAUACCAAUACUGGUUGGACAGAGGGAACGAACACAAAUAAUUAUAUAACAGGAUGUCUACUUUGGAGGAAUUAGAAAAUAACCAAGAUGAUAUGAUAGAUCAAGAAAUUUUGAAUUCAGCAACUUCGGAUAUUAUAAACAGAACAAAGCUAUUGGAUAAUGAUAUCAAAGUGAUGAGAUCCGAAUCUCAGAGAUUAUCUCACGAAAGAUCGGUUAUGACUGAAAGAAUUAAAGAUAAUCAAGAAAAAAUCAAUAAUAAUAAGCAAUUACCAUAUUUAGUGGGAAAUGUGGUUGAAUUAUUAGAUUUAGAAGCAGAGAAAGAGGCCAGUGAACAAGGGGCAAACGUUGAUGUUGAUGCAACAAGAUCAGGGAAAUCGGCCGUUAUAAAGACUUCUACUAGACAAACCAUUUUUCUUCCAUUAAUUGGAUUAGUUGAUCCAAGUAAUUUGAAACCAAAUGAUUUGAUUGGGGUUAAUAAAGAUUCUUAUUUAAUUUUAGAUACUUUACCAUCCGAGUAUGAUUCAAGAGUUAAAGCUAUGGAGGUUGACGAAAAACCAACUGAAGAUUAUACUGAUAUUGGUGGAUUAGAUAAACAAAUUGAAGAAUUAAUUGAAGCAGUUGUAUUACCAAUGAAACAAUCGGAUAAAUUUAAAAAUUUAGGCAUUAAACCACCAAAAGGUGCAUUAAUGUACGGUCCUCCAGGUACUGGUAAAACUUUAUUAGCUAGAGCUUGUGCAGCACAAUCAGGAGCAACUUUUUUAAAAUUAGCGGCUCCUCAAUUAGUUCAAAUGUUUAUUGGUGAUGGGGCUAAAUUAGUUCGUGAUGCUUUUGCCUUAGCCAAAGAAAAGGCUCCCACCAUUAUUUUCAUUGAUGAAUUAGAUGCUAUUGGUACUAAAAGAUUUGAUUCUGAUAAAAGUGGGGAUCGUGAAGUUCAAAGAACUAUGUUGGAAUUAUUAAAUCAAUUAGAUGGUUUUGGUUCUGAUGAUCGUGUUAAAGUUUUGGCCGCCACCAAUAGAGUUGAUACUUUAGAUCCUGCAUUAUUAAGAUCGGGUAGAUUAGAUAGAAAAAUUGAAUUCCCAUUACCUUCAGAAGAAGCAAGAGAAUCAGUUUUAAAAAUUCAUGCCAGACAAUUAAAUUGUGAUAAUAGCUCAAUCAAUUGGAGAGAAUUAGCCAGAUCCACCGAUGAAUUCAAUGGUGCCCAAUUAAAAGCGGUUACCGUGGAGGGUGGUAUGAUUGCAUUGAGAAAUGGUAAAUCAAUCAUUAAACACGAAGAUUUUGUGGAAGCAAUUGGUGAAGUUCAAGCUAGAAAAUCAAAAUCAGUAAACUUCUAUGCUUAAUAUAUCAUGUAUAAUAAAAAAAAUUUAAAUUCACGUCUAC